AUGAGUGGCCAAAGAGUUGCUCAAUCUGUGGAUGAAGAUUUUGGCGAAUGUGGACUGGAAAAUGCAGACAAGCGACGGGCGCUGUCAUCGGACAGUAAACGGGCUAAGGAGACAGCCGUCGAUCGGCUGAGUGAGCUGCCAGAUUCCUUAAUCAUCCACAUCCUUUCUUUCCUGGACUCUGAUGUGACCAAAGCUGCAGCUACCUGCGUGCUGUCCAAAAGAUGGCAAUAUAUCUGGCCUCAACUGCCCAGGCUGGCCUUCUGGAACUCCACCUGGGAUUUGGAGAAAUCAAGCAGUUUCGUGUCAUGGGUCCACAGGACCCUUCUUUUCCGCACCACACCUCAUUUGGAGGAGUUUGAGGUCAGCUUUCUGUACGACGAGUGCUAUGCCUCAGAUGUCAACGCUUGGGUACGCAUUGCCCUGAGAAAUAGAGUGAAAAAACUUAGCUUGGAUUUACACUCGGAAACAUGUUUUCACAUUCUUCCCCAGGUUUUGUAUUCCUCUUCUUCCUUGGAGUCCUUGUGCUUGACUCGCUGCGUUGUGGGUCCACAGAGCACGAUUGAGUGGCCAUCUUUGACUUGGUUAAGUGUUUGCAAAGUGGAGCUAAAUGAAGGUGUGAUUCGAAAGAUACUAUCAUGUUGUCCUGUUCUGCGUACGUUGGGACUCACAUCAUGCUGGGGAUUCAGGCGUUUGGAUGUAAAUUCCGAGAGAAUUAAAGACCUUACGGUGUUGGACUAUGCAGAUAAAAGUAUAUUAGAAUUGAUGAAUAUCUCGGCACCCUUUCUGCAUGAGCUACACGUCUCAUUUUGUCCAAUACAGACAAAACUGCAGCUCAUGAAUGUAUCAUCCCUUGUUAGCGCCAACAUCUAUUUCUAUGUAAACAAUGUAUCUGAUGAUGUAAUGAAUGACACAAUGGAACUUCUUGAAAAGACCCAACAUGCCAGUGGACUUGUACUAGGAGGCGCAUGCAUUAAGGUUCUAUCAAAGUUGGUGGCGCGUGGGUGGCGGCCUCCACAAUCGUCCAAGCGAAAUUGGUUGACAUUAGAAACUUUGCGGGAUGAGAUUAGCAUUCCUGGAAUACUUGCCCUGAUCGAAUCUUAUCCAAACCUCGAGAAACUUCUUAUAGAGUGUUGUGAUCCUUACAAGGAAUCUGCCAGGACAUGGACCCCUGCUGCAAGGGAUGAUUUGGAUCUCGACUUAGUGCACUUGAAGACUGUUCGUUUAUUUGAUUUUGCUGAUCCCAAUUUAGGAGGUGAGCCGAUGCUUACGUUGGCCCGAAUCUUGCUUAAGAGAGCCACAUCAUUGAAAAAGAUGGUGAUCGAUGCACUUGAAAGUCUAACCAAUUUUUCAUCAGAUUUUGCUAAGAUGUCUGAAACAGUACUUAGUUACCCGAAAUCUUCGGGAAAAGCAGUGAUCAUCCUCCCUUUUUGGGUGUUAACUGGCAAAGAUCUCGACGACAGCCCACGAGUGGCGGGCUUUGUUGGAUACGGUGGUAACUGGCGGCGGAAGGCGGAGGCUUGCGGCUGCACGGCCAAUCGCCGGGUUGAGCAGAUUGGUAACUCACAACGCCUGCCGCCUGGUCUCGUGAGCGACGGAGACGUGAUUUUCUGGUGCUUAGAUUCAUGGCUUCCGCUCAAUAAGUCUGAGGUUUAUAUCCGCUGCAAAGGGGGGUUGUGA